AUGGCGAAAACUUCAUCGGCUCUUCAGGAAAUCUGCACGAGCUGUGAAGAUGUCACCAGCAAUGCCAUUCAAGUCCCAUGCAGUCACCACUAUUGUCUCACUUGUCUCGAACGAUUCUUCAAAUUGGCAUUAACAGAUCAAUCGGUUUUCCCUCCACGGUGCUGCAGUAUAGCAAUUCCUAUUGUCAGUGUCAGCUCCUUUCUCAAACCCAGUGUUGUGCAAAGAUUCGAAGAAAAGAAGUUCGAGUUCAAAACGCGAUACAAGGUCUAUUGCUCGUCCAAGCGUUGUUCAACUGUUAUUCCUCCCUCAAAUAUCGUCAAGGAGAUAGGUACAUGUCCCAAGUGCAAUGUGAAAACACAUACUUUGUGUAAGUCGAAGGCACACUCUGGGGAAUGUCUGAAGGAUGCGUCAAUAGAAGAGGUCCUUGAUCUUGCGAGAGAUAACUAUUGGCAAAGAUGUUACAAGUGCUGGGCCUUGGUAGACAUAAUUGAUGGCUGUCAUUUCAUGACGUAUGUCCGUGCCUCUGUGGAGCUCAUUUUUGCUACAACUGUGGAAAGGGAUUGAGAUUAUGGAACAGACAUUCUUGUGAUCUCAGAAAACGUAGGCUCCUCGCUCGUUUUGAACCUAGGUCUAGGUCAUGGUCCCGUUUAUUUACACGGAUUUUCCGUUCAAGUAAAUCUUGAGCUUGGGACA